AUGUCAGCGACGGAGUACAACGUGGUGUUCCCUCACGAUAACGCGAUCAAACCCAAUGACCCUCGAUAUCUGCACUUCAGCUACGUGAAGAUCAGCCAAAUGCAGGCUGAGGCUCGUGGAACGGAUGCCGAGCUGCAGCAACAACCCCGGCAGAGAUCACCAUCGCCCCACGAGGAUCCCGAAAGUCGCAACCUGCCUCUCAGUCAAUUCAAGGAGGAGGCGAAAAUCCAACAUUCGAAUCACCAUUAUUUGAAAUAUUCCGACGAGACGCGUGUGACACAGAGCGCUGCUGGCAAAACCGAACUCGAUUCCGAGGUUCAUGCCCAUACUCCAGCAAUGAGUGAAGUCGAAACGGCUGAGCAUCAGAUGAAGAAUGGCACAGCAGGCUUCGCAAACGAGGCUCCAGUUAAGGCUCCAAUGCUUACGCCACCCCGGGCCUUGUCUGCAGACGAAAAAGCCGAGGAGGAGCCACGAGGUGAAGUCGAUCAGACACCAACGGACAUGGUCAGUACGAAGGCGUUUCUAGAGAUGGCCUUGAAAAACAUACAGACACCUCCGGUUAAAUCGGAGGGUAAAGGAAUUAUGUCCCCACAGCUAACUUCUACCAGCAGUAUUCCUGGAUCAUCUGCAGAGUCUCUGACACCGCCGACAGUUUCUGGAAGUGCCUCAGAACGCGGUAACGGAGGUAAGAAUGAGAUUCAUUUUUUCCUGAAAAGCAACAGCUGCAUUUCAUAA